AUGACUCUUCCGAUAGAGAAAAGGGUGUUUUGGUCGGACUCAGCAACGGUGUUAGCCUGGAUACGGUCAGACAGCAGGCGAUUUCAUCAGUUCGUGACCUUCAGAGUCGGGGAAAUAUUGUCGAGCACAAAUGUAGAAGAAUGGAGACAUGUUCCAUCGGCGCUAAACGUUGCUGAUGAGGCCACCAAAUGGAAUAACGAGCCUUCCUUUGAUCCCGAUAGUCGAUGGUACCGAGGACCAACAUUCUUACUAGAAUUGGAAGAGCAGUGGCCAAGGGCAUCAGGUAAAUCUUUCACAACCGAGGAUGAGCUCAGAGCAGUUCACGUCCACGUUCACAACACAGACCCGCUUAUAGAUACUACUCGCUUUUCAACAUUCAAUCGUAUGCUGCGAACAACUUCCUACAUUGUUCGUGGUGCCGAUUCUUUCCGACAUCGGUUACCGCCCGGGACGGUAGAGAAAAUACUUCAACGCGAUGAGAUCCAGAAGGCUGAACGCGUUUUAUGGAAACAAGCACAGGCAGACGUCUUUUUCGCUGAGAUAGAUCUAUUGAACAGAGGAAAACCCAUUCCAGCUUCUAGCCAUAUUUACAAGUUAAAUCCCUUCACGGAUGAACAUUCGAUCAUACGGGUUGGGUCUCGAUUGAAUCUAGCCCCGAUCAGCUAUGAUGCUAAGUUCCCGGUACUGCUGCCUAAAGAGAAUCGGAUUACACAUCUGUUGAUUCUUCAUUUUCAUGUUAAAUUCCUGCAUGCAAAUAGAGAGACCGUCCUUAACGAAAUGAGACAACAAUAUUAUAUUCCUAACAUGCGCUCGAUCAUACGUAGAAUAGCAAACGCAUGUUUAUAUUGUAAAGUGAAACGAGCUAGCCCAAAACCUCCUAUUAUGGCACCUUUACCCCGUGUCAGGCUUACCCCACACAUUCGUCCUUUCUCAUAUAUAGGUGUGGACUACUUUGGCCCCAUUCAGGUGAAAGUAGGCAGAAGUCUAGCCAAGCGUUGGGUAUGCCUAUUUACCUGCCUUACAAUUCGUGCUAUUCACCUUGAAGUGGUUUAUACAUUAAGCACGCAAUCCUGCAUUAUGGCUUUCAGAAGGUUCAUUGCUAGAAGGGGAGCACCACAAGAGGUUUACUCUGAUAACGGCACCUGUUUUAAAGGGGCAAGCCGAGAGCUGGCAGAAGAAAGAAAACAAAGAACACUUAUUGAUGAAGCGUGCGCCUCUACGUUCACCAACGCUUCUACGGCCUGGUAUUUUAACCCCCCAGCCACACCCCACAUGGGUGGGGCCUGGGAACGUAUGGUGAAAUCAGUUAAAUUGGCACUCCAAGUACUAUCUGAACACGUGAGACACCCGAAUGAUGAGGCAUUCGAAACCAUAUUAUUGGAAGCGGAAAGUAUUGUCAAUUCUCGGCCGUUGACGUACGUACCCCUCGAAUGUGACGAGCAAGAGGCAUUGACUCCCAACCACUUUUUGUUGUGCUGGUCCAAGGAAGUCCAACAACCACCUUCGGAGUUAAACAACUAUCGCAACUCCUUAAGAGAUAGUUGGAGCCUAACUAGGCACUUAGUCGAUGGAUUUUGGAGAAGGUGGAUAGUCGAAUAUUUACCAAUGCUCACGAGAAGAACAAAAUGGUUCGAACCCGUGAAACCCCUUGGAAGAGGCGACCUGGUGCUUGUCAUAAACGAGAAUGUCAGAAACGGCUAUGAACGUGGACGGAUCGAAAAGGUUGUAUUAGGUGCCGAUGGGCAAGUGCGCAGAGCAUGGGUGAAGACAAGCAGCGGAACAUCACUGAAAGCAGCUACCAGACUAGCGGUCCUUGACGUCCUGGGAGUGCCCUCGGGAAAAGGGGUACUUCACGGGCAGGGGGAUGUUGCGGUAACCCGUGACGAACGAGUGAGAGUACCGUCCAUUCCCUCGGUCGGAAAUACGUCAUACGAAGUAAACAGGAUAGUGUCAUCUAAGUAG